GCAUUCUUGGCGAGGGAGAGAGGAGGAAGCCUCUCCGCCGCGGCGCCCUCCUCGUCUCCGCCGCCGCGCCCUCUUCUCAAAGGACAAAUCCCCCUCCUCUCCGCCGCCGCGCUCGGACAAAUCCCCCUCCUCUCCGCCGCUGCGCCCGGACAAAUCCCCCUCCUCUCCGCCGCGGCCAUGGAUGAUAAGCCGAAUCCCCCUCCUUCGCUAAGUUCCCAUGCGAAGGAAUUCGUGCCCUCGCGCAACGUGGAUGCGCAGCUACAUCACGACCUGGGGCCAGCCGGUCAGGCGGACACCUACCUGCCCUUACCGGCGGGGAGGGUUCACUACCCCAACCCCUACGGUGGCUGGUACAUCGGCGACGACAACAGCACGUACGAGCAGUACUACGCCAGUGGGCAGCUUCCCUAUAUGAGUCUCCCCAUGAACAACCUCGAGCAGGAUUUGCAGCAGCAGCACCAACACGACCAUGCCCAUUGGCUUCAGCAGCUGCUGCUGCAGCAGCAGCUGCUGCGGCAGCAUGACUACGCCCGUUGGCUUGAGCAGCAGGAGCACGACGGCGCCCAUUUGCCUUUUCAGCAGCAGCAGCAGCCGCACUUCAGGCAGAGGCAGCAGCAGCAGCCGCACUUCAGGCAGAGGCAGCAGCAGCAGCCGCACUUCAGGCAGAGGCAGCAGCAGCAGCCGCACUUCAGGCAGAGGCAGCAGCAAGCAUUUCGAGGAGGUGAUGACCGCCAGCAAAGGGAGGAGCAGCGGCAGCAGGAGAGCCCAUCAGAUUCAGCAGCACAAGCAGAUUCAGCUUCAUUGCCUCAUGAGAUUCAGCCUACAUCCAGCAGAAGAAGCAGCAGACUACCAUUAUCACCUCAGCAGAGUGAACAACAUCAAGACCAGGAAAUGACAGAGGAGCGUCAGCAGGAGAGCCCAUCAGAUUCAGCAGCACAAGCAGAUUCGGCUUCAUUGCCCCAUCAGAUUCAGACUACAUCCAGCAGAAGCUGCAGCAGAUUACCAUCAUCACUUCAGCAGAGUGAACAGCAUCAAGACCAAGAAGUGACAGAGCGUCAAGAGGAGGCUAUGCCGGAGGAUGGUCAAGAGCAUGACAUGGGAGGGUUUUAUACAAUUGAAAUGACUUUGCCUCCACAUAUUGAAGAAACGAAUCUUCUCUACAUGUUCAACAAGCAAGGGAAGGAUAUAUGGAAGCAUGGAAAAGAGGCCCAAGUACAAUUCAGCUGCUAUACAGAUGCAUUGCAAGCACAAAGUACUUGGGCUGUUAAUGAGAAACUUAAGAGAGCGCACCUUACGAACUUUCGAAUGCACGAAUUCAUGAAGCCAUACGGCGAAAUGGAGCCUAGACGGGGUCCCAUGAAACCUAAGAGACAAAGGGAGGAAGAAGGUGGGAUGAGUUCUUCCCAAACAGAAACAGCCAAAGCGAGCUCAUCCCAAACAGAAACAGCCAAAGCGAGCUCUUCCCAAGAAGAAAAAACCAAGAUGAAGCGUUUGAAGCGAGAGUGUCUGCAAGAAGAUCACUUCAAAUGGUGCACUCUUGAGGAAUUCUCAAAAGAAGCCCCUGAGCAUGAGCUUGUCAGGCCAUUCAAUUUCACUACUGCUGCAAAGGAAGGAUCCGUUAGCUCUGAGAUAACGCUGUGUGUGGCAGGUCCUAUGUGCCAUCAUACAUUCAUGAGCCUGUUGAUGCAUGCUUUCUCCACACAUUUGAGCAAAAAAACAUGGAAGGGCCGGAUCAAAAGAAGGGAUCUGUGCAUAUCGAAGACAAUGCAGUUAUGUGCUAUACUGAGGAAGACAGUGCCCUUAACCAAUGACGAAGACAUGAUUAGCGACAUUCUAAGCAUUAUAUCAAGCAGUGAACCCCUGUACACAGUCAAUGGCUUUUGGCCCCCUUACUACAAUGAGAUGCUAUCUAAGCUGCAAGAUCCUCCAAGCAGAACCAAUCCUAAGGAUCUAGAGGGUUUUCACAGGAAUGUUCUGAAGAGACCGGCGUUCUCUACGCCUGAACUAAGGUCACACACGCUUCAGGAGUUCUACUCGAAUACCUUUGAAUUCGAGAUACAUGAUUGGGUGACCUUCAACAGAUCCGCGCCAAUGGAAUUAGAAGAUUGGCUGCACAUCACCAGGACUGACAGUGUUCUAACAAGGGUUAAAGAUGAAAGCUAUGGUAUGGGCCCUCAGUUUGGAAGGCAGUCCCGUUACAUGCGCCAUCUUGUGGUGCAUGCACCUGAAGACAAAGAGAAGAGGAGAUUGAGGUUGAUGAUGAAAGAGAAAGACAAAGAGAAGAUGAGAUUGAGCUUGAUGAUGAAAGAGAAAGACAAAGAGAAGAUGGAGGUGUGUGAUGAUGAGGAUCAUGGAUUGCAUGACAGUGAUGUAUCUGAUGACGAGGAGAGUGAGCUUGAUGAUGAAAAGAAGGAAAGGCUUCAGGGGGUGGCACCGGCGGCGCCUCUUGGGGAUGACUGGCCACCCCUUACCAAGGCACCUGCUCCUUUGGCGGCUCCGGCGAGUGCUCAGGCAGAUGUCUCAGCUCUCGCCUGCCCUCGCCCUCCAAAGCCCACCAGAAAGGCCCAUGCUCCUUUGGCGGCUUCAGCGAGUGCUCAGAGAGAUGUUUUAGCUUCCCCCGGCGCUCACACUCGCAAGCCCACAAAAACAGCGCUUAACAUUUGUGCCUUCGUGGCUGAAGCUUUUAAGGAGAGGGGAAUCUCCGACAGCCCCACCCCACCUCCUCCUCCUCCUACUAUUACUACGGUGUCUUGGGACAUAACCGAGAAGGAUAUGUUAGGACACUACUACUUCAAAGUGUUCAUGCCAACGUUUGUAGAUCACAUGUACAAGGAGAGGGGAAAUCAAAAGUUUUUGGGCAAGAUCUGCUCAUCAUAUGAGAACGGGUUGCCCAAGCUGGGGUGCAUACCGCACGAAAUGAUUCCAGACGAAUAUUUGGAAGAACUUGAGGAAGAAGAUUCAUGGCCUGAAGAAGGACAAGAGAUGGAGGAGGGCCAAGUCUGGAGAAGAGAUCGACAACAAAUUCCUCUGACUGCUGUAUGUCCGUAACAGAGACCAAGGUGCACGUGUGAAGCAUGGAUUGGCUGACCGGGGAUGCUAGGCUCAACGAACUGCAGCUAGACAAGUGUACAGCUCGUUUUCUAGAUGUGACAGCACACGCGUGAACAAAGCGACCAUGUAGUUCUAUUGGAACCUGGCAAUUGUUAUGCUUCAUGAGUACUAUAAUCAGCAUUGCAAAA